AUGAAGAAUCUCGUAGCAUUGGAUCUUAACUCCAAUAAAUUUGAGGGGCAACUUCCUGCAUGCAUCGGCAAUUUGACGUCUCUACAUAUACUUCAUCUUCACAAUAAUGGUUUUGAAGGAACCUUUCCUUCCUCGCUAUUUCAGGCUUUAAGAUCCCUAGUGGCAGUUUCUCUGUCUGACGACAAUUUCAAUGGCUCAUUCUCGCUCUCUUUGCUUGCCAACCACUCCAACCUCCAAAUCUUUUUUAUGGAUUGCUAUAAUGCAAAUCUCAAGCUUGAAACUGAGAAUCCCCCAUUUAUCCCUUCCUUCCAAUUGAGGCUUUUAGGCAUCCACAACUGCACUCUUGUAGCAAACAGUAACAAAAUGCCAACCUUUCUUCUUCAUCAAUAUGACUUGCUAGGUCUACAACUUAGCCACUUAAGCAUAACAGGAAUUUUCCCAUCUUGGCUUUUCACAAAUAACACAGAGUUAAAUUAUUUCAGUUUGGCCAACAAUUGGUUCACUGGUCCAUUGGAACUUAAUUCCACCUCAAAAUUGCUUCAAAUGCAAUUUUUCAAUGUUUCCUCAAAUCCCAUUAAAGAUGAAGUGCCUUCUCAUAUUGGCUCCUUUUUUCCCAACUUGAUUUCUCUGGACAUGUCUUCAUGUUCACUGCGAGGUAGCUUGCCAGCUUCAAUAGGUGAAAUGACACAACUGAAUGAUCUUGACUUGUCACACAAUAAAUUAUCAGGUUACUUGCCCCAAGAAUUUGGUCUUGGUAGCACUCAGUUGAGGUUUCUGAAGUUGUCGAGCAAUAACCUGAGCGGCCCAUGUUUGCCCGUGGGUUCCACUUUCAAAUAUUUGUUGUUUGUGGGUCUCAACAAUAAUAACUUCAAAGGAAACAUUCCAACUGGGAUUAUAAAUAGCACUGAAUUAAGAAUGUUGGAUUUAAGUGCCAACCAACUAUCUGGUGAAAUACCUAGUUGGAUUGGAAAUUUUCAACAUAUGAGUUACCUCAUCUUGUCCAAGAAUUCUUUCACAGGUUCACUACCAAAAAGCUUUUGCAACUUAACUAGACUGACUUAUCCAGAGCUUUCUAAAAAUAAAUUCAACGGCUCUUUGCCAAGUUGUCUCAAUAUGCGGUUGUUGAAGUAUUUGCAUUUGCAAAGCAACCAAUUCACAGGACCUAUACCUUCUACUUUGGCCAACUCCCCCUUAUUGACCUUGGACUUCAUGAACAACAAUUUUUCAGGUCAAGUUCCAAGAUUGUUUAGCUUGCUUUUGAAUUUAAGGGUCCUCAUCUUAAAAGAAAACAAAUUUAGUGGUUCUAUUCCUAUUGAUUUAUGUGAGCUCAAGAAGAUAAACAUACUUGAUCUUUCUCAAAAUAAGCUUUCUGGAAGGAUACCCUAUUGCUUGAAUGACGUCGCAUUUGGAAAGACGAAUGCACCUAGAGAAACCAAUAUAGGAAAUUUUAUUGUGUCCUGGAUGACAAGAGCCUCAAGUUAUAUAUUGAACCAUUCAACUUAUAAAGUUAGUUUAAGUGAAAGCAAGGACAUUUUUACAUUGUCUAGAGAUCAAGAAGUCGAUUUUACAACCAAAAGCAGGCAUGAAUCUUACAAAGGAAAUAUUUUGAAUUUCAUGUCAGGACUGGAUCUCUCAGGAAAUCAAUUGACAGGGGAAAUCCCUUUACAAAUUGGAUAUUUAAGCACUAUCCAUACUUUAAAUUUGUCAAAGAAUGAUUUGGAAGGACCCAUUCCAGUCUCAUUUUCCAACCUUAAGCAAAUAGAAAGCCUAGAUCUUUCACACAACAAAUUAACAGGCCGCAUUCCUGCACAAUUAACGCAACUUUACUUCUUGUCUAUCUUUUCUGUGGCUCAUAAUAAUCUAUCUGGAAGGAUACCUGACAUGAAAAAUCAAUUUUCAACUUUUGAACCAAAUAGUUAUGAAGGGAACCCUUUUCUUUGUGGCCCACCUCUACAGAAAAAUUGCUCGUCUAUUGACAAACUAUCAAGGGGAAACAAGCAACCUCAUCAUUCAGAAGAUGAGGACUUCCUAAAUAUCUUCUUGUGGACUUUUGCUGGAGCAUUUGGGGUCUUUUUUCUGGGUGUAAUUAUAGUUCUUUACUUUAACCCUUACUUUUGCAAUUACAUAUUAUUAGAGAGUGUUUUAGCAAGUUAUUUGUACCGGUGGAGGCAUAAAAGAAAGACCUUUUAA